ACACAUACACAGCUCUAAGGGCUGACUGCAUCUGCUGCAUCCCUCACAUCAGCUGGAGCAAAACAGCUAGGACCAGAAGUGCAUAAGAACUUUCUCCCUCAAACAGCGCGUGAUCCAAAAUACUAUAUAGCAAAUCCCCUUAGAGCUCUAAUGGCCAGCAAUAACACAGCCAGUAUAGCUCAAGCCAGAAAGCUGGUGGAACAGCUAAAAAUGGAAGCCAACAUUGACAGAAUAAAGGUAUCGAAAGCGGCAGCUGACUUGAUGGCUUACUGUGAAGCCCACGCCAAGGAAGACCCACUUCUCUCCCCAGUGCCUGCAUCAGAAAACCCAUUUAGAGAGAAGAAGUUUUUCUGUGCCAUCCUGUAAAACGGAAGCUACCUAUUGUGCGAUCAGGCUCCCUGAAAACUGAUGUCGAAUUUUGAAUAUCAAUGGACCCAUGCAGUCUGCAGAUUUAUUAGAGAAAUGUAUUUAUAAAGAUAAGGCUUGGAGCUGCAGUUGCAAACAUGUCCAAAGAAAUGUGUCACCCUUAUAGAGGUUAAAGAAUAUGAAAUCCACCAUGAUAAUACAUACUAGAGAAGGGAGAUCUUGUACAGGAAAAUCUCUUUUUUAAGUUUUUAAAACUGUUUUCCUUUUUUUGUUUUGUUAUUGUUUUCGAGACAAAGCAAAUAUUUAAUAAUUUGGGGCAUAAUAUUUAAUUUAAAUGAAAUUGUAACUUCUAGCUGCAGGAUAUGUUUGCCAUGGUGUUCUUAUGUCAUAUUUGGAUAUUGUGCAUUGUUGCAUUAGGGUAGCACAACAAUAAUCUUCACAGCAGGAAAGUGUAGAACUAUAACCAACUCUCACAGUGUCUAUUAGGGAGCUAGCCAGAACUCACAACCAGUUUACUCUGCUAAGGCUAUUUGUUUUCUAGGAAUGAAUUCUAACAUUUUUAAUUGUGUUUUUUGAGUCCACGGAAAGGAACGUUCUAUGCUGUACUUUUGAUACCUAUUUUUGUGAUUCUUUAGAAGGCAAUGUGUGUGCAUGAAAAAAAA